AUGGACGAAAAUCACUUUGCCUUUACAUGGAAGAUAAAUUGUUUUAAUGAACUUGUUUCUCGACACCCAAAUGGUAGUUUUUUCUAUAGUGAAAGGUUUUGGUCACCGAGAGGGCAAAGCGGGAAGUCAACCAACAUCAAUGUCGUUCAUGAAAAUAACUCCCAUAAUAAUUCCGGGUAUUUGUGGAGGUUAAAAAUGUUUCCUAAUGGUGUAGAUAAGAAAUCGAAUGAUUAUAUUUCUCUUUAUCUUGAAGCAAUUCAAACAAAUUACGAGAAACAAAAUAGUAUAACAGGAAGGCACAAGAAAUUUCGACUAGCACUUUAUCGAGUAGAUUCGAAUAUUCAAACUACGAAACAGAGACCUAUACUUGUAAUAGAUCGUCAUACCUUGGAGACAAAAUUUGAAUUCAAUGGGGUGCACGCAGAUUACGGAUUUGCAAGAAUUAUCGCUCUUAAAGAAUUAUUCCCAAAUGAUACUACAUUGACCGAAGUAGAUUUAUUAGUCAGAACUCAAAUUUUCGAGGAUACUAUAACACCAGGGGAGGGUUCAAGUUCAAUGGACAUUGUAAGUAAUAUAUCACUUAUGCCCUUUGAGAGAUAUUUCGGAGAAGAAAGAUUUUGUGAUGUUGAAUUCGUAUUUGAUUGUGGUUCAAGCAUGAAAGCUCAUAGGGUUAUUCUCGCAGCUCGAUCAAUGUACUUUGAAAGAAUGUUGGGAGGUGAAUGGUUGGAAAAUCAUAUGAAAACUAUCGCCAUUAGAGACAUGCCAUUUGACGCGUUUCGAUGUAUUGUUCAUCAUCUUUACACAGGGAAACUUGAGGAGGGAUUGACAUUUGAACUUUUAAGAGAUAUUUAUUCUAAAGCUGAUAUGCUUAGUUUAGAACAACUUGGUCAAAUGGCCGCCAAAAGAAUGGUUAAUUUGAUGACUCAUGAUAAUUGGGAUCAAGUUUUAAUGUUGGGUUGGAAAUUUUAUGAUGAUCGAUUAAAAGAUGCCGGUCAGGACUUUGCUGUAAAACAUUGGAACGUUAUAAAAGAUUCCGAGAAUAUGAAACAAGUUUUGGCAAGCGGUCACGUUGAUCGAAUCGUUGAAUUAGUUUUACAAAGUUUUUUUACACCGAAUAAUACAAGGAUAGUUACUAAAAACUGUUUUCAAAUAUCACUACCUUUUUACGAGGGUCUUGCAGAAAUGCUCACCUUUACAUCAUCUCUAUGCUUUGGACCUAGAAAACUACCUCCAAAGUUUAUGACUUGUAAUUCCACUCUCAGGAGUAACUCAAAAAAAUCAGAUGACGAGGUUAAGUUAUGGAGAGAAACAUUGGAUGGGGCAAGUUAUAUCAGUGCAUUAUGUAGACCAGUUGGCAAUCAAUUUGGUGUUGUGGGAAUUCAGAUCGCAGGUACAACUAUGUAUCUAAAUAUUCUUGUGAAGGAUUUGGCUGGUAUACCAAGAUACUUCCAUCUAGAUCAUGCGGAAAUUCCGUUAUCCCCUCACCAGUCACGCUUGAAAUCUCUCAUUCGUUUACUUUUAACCUUAAGAAAUGUAAUGAUCGUGAAUAGGAGUCUUAUAAUGCAGGCAUUAGAACAAGCCACCUCUCAUCCGCCCCGAAAUGUUAAUCCAAGUCCUACCGUUUCCACGCCCCCAUAUAAUAAAUAG